UAAUUGCAAAAAAGAUUAGAUUUUCAGAUGACGAAUUUCUGACAUUUUUAACUCAAACUCUACACUUUCUCUAUCUCUCUUAUCUGUGCUGCAAUUUCUUUCAAGAAAAUGCAUUUACUUCAUGCACCCAUUUCCCCAAAUAUUUCAUUUCAACCCUCAAAAAUUCUUCAGCAUAAAAAUGGAUUAGUAUUCAAUGGUCUAAUUCAGCAGCAAAGGCAGUUAAAAUCUACAUGGGUAUUGCAAAAUCAUGUUAAUUUUAGUUCAAUCACAGCUAAAGCUGCUUCUGUUGAAGCCGGGGUUUCAACAUCUUCUUCCAAAACAGCUGAGAGUGAUGUCCUGAAAGCAUUGUCUCAGAUCAUAGAUCCAGACUUUGGGACAGACAUUGUUUCUUGUGGCUUUGUGAAGGAUCUACAAAUUGAUGAAGCUGCGGGGGAGGUGUCGUUUCGCUUGGAGCUUACAACCCCAGCCUGUCCAGUAAAGGAUGUGUUUGAGCAGAAAGCAAAUGAAGUGGUGUUGGCGCUUCCUUGGGUUACAAAAGUAAAUGUUACAAUGUCAGCUCAACCAGCUAGACCAGUUUUUGCAGGAGAUCUUCCGAAGGGCUUGCAGACAAUUUCAAAUAUUGUGGCUGUUUCUAGUUGUAAAGGAGGUGUAGGCAAAUCAACUGUUGCUGUAAAUCUCGCAUAUACGCUUGCUGGCAUGGGUGCUAGAGUUGGUAUCUUCGAUGCUGAUGUCUAUGGUCCCAGUUUACCAACCAUGGUUUCACCAGAGAAUAGGCUACUAGAAAUGAUGGCAGAGACAAGAACCAUAAUUCCAACUGAAUACUUGGGUGUUAAACUCGUAUCAUUUGGAUUUGCCGGGCAAGGGCGUGCUAUAAUGCGGGGCCCAAUGGUCUCUGGGGUUAUCAACCAGCUGCUUACUACAACUGAAUGGGGAGAACUGGACUACCUUGUCAUUGAUAUGCCACCAGGAACAGGAGACAUUCAGCUAACUUUGUGUCAGGUUGUUCCGUUAACAGCAGCAGUUAUCGUUACAACUCCUCAAAAGCUAGCAUUCAUUGAUGUUGCUAAAGGAGUCCGCAUGUUCUCAAAGCUCAAGGUACCAUGUGUUGCUGUUGUGGAGAAUAUGUGUCACUUUGAUGCAGACGGAAAGCGCUAUUACCCUUUUGGUAGAGGUUCAGGCUCUCAGGUCGUUCAGCAGUUUGGGAUCCCAAAUUUAUUCGAACUUCCAAUCAAGCCAGCUCUAUCUGCUUCUGGAGAUAGUGGACAACCAGAGGUGGUAGCUGAUCCACUGGGAGAGGUUGCAACGACAUUUCAAGAGCUUGGGGUUUGUGUUGUUCAGCAAUGUGCGAAGAUUCGCCAACAAGUAUCAACUGCUGUCAGCUACGACAAAUCAAUGAAGGCAAUAAGGGUGAAGGUACCUGAUUCGGACGAGGAGUUCUUACUUCAUCCUGCAACAGUGAGACGGAAUGACCGGUCUGCACAGAGUGUGGAUGAAUGGACUGGGGAGCAAAUGCUACAGUACACUGAUAUUUCAGAAGAUAUUGAACCAGAAGAAAUCCGACCUAUGGGUAAUUAUGCUGUGCAAAUAACCUGGCCAGAUGGGUUUAACCAGAUUGCUCCAUACGAUCAACUUCAGACCAUGGAGCGAUUAGUCGAGAUCCCUCAGCCCACACCAGUUUAAG